CCUCAUCAGUUUGGCCGGAGGGAACUGCGUCUUAUCUUGAUGUUUUGCUCAAACAAAGGCGAAGACAAUGGCGUAGAUGCUGGCUGGCUGGCCCAGCCCAGUCCAGGCAUGACUCCGCUGAUUGCUCCUGGGGUUACUCCUCGACACAACCAGUACGAGCUUGCUGUCACUUCACCGAUUCCAACGCAAUCCCGAACAAGAAGAUACGUGGAGAUAAUUCCGGGUUCUGUUUCGUUCGGUUGAGGUCAUGACCAUAAAAGCAAGUCACUCGUUUCAGUGAGACAAUGGCACACUUUGGGUUGCAUUUACCCCCAGCAGUUAGCACUCGGAACAUGACGCCGCACAAGUACAUAAGUCGGUGGUUUCGUCCUCAUCGUGUGCACCAUCUGUUUUUUUUCUUUUUUUGGUUUUCUUUUUGCUACCAUUUCUGUAGAAUCUAUAUCUCACAGCAUCAUAUUAACUCGAAGCCUCUGAAAGCAUGGGCAAGACGGACGAUCACGGUGUCUUCGCCGCGCUCGACAAGUAUGGCCAUCUUUUACAUGCUGCGGCCAAGCCGGUGUCGUCCAAAAGGGUGGAUGGCCCUGCUGUUGAUGACUCCAAUACCAGUGUCUUGAAAGAUGUAGCAUCCCUCGAUGCACGAGAUGUCAAGACACUCUUCACGUUGGUCGAGAAGCACCUCUCCAAGAAAAAGUUGACGGACGAUAGGACCAUGUUUAUGGAGAAUCUAGUUACCCUCGUCUCCAAACUUCCAGACCGGUCUCCGAACAGAGCCAGGCUCAGCAACGCCUUCACCAAGGAUAUUUGGGGCUCACUGGACCAUCCUCCCCCGUGUGGCCUCGGCGAUGUGUACAAUUACCGUCAGGCUGAUGGCUCAUACAAUAACAUACACCUACCGGAGCUAGGAAAGGCGGGGGCCCCUUACGCUAGGUCUGUACAGCCCCGAAUGCUGAUGCCAGCCUCUCUACCGGACCCCGAUUUGAUCUUUGACGUCGUCAUGAGCCGUGACAAUGGAGGAUUCAAGCCUCACCCCAACAACAUAUCCAGCAUGUUGUUCUACAUGGCUAUCUUGAUCAUCCACGACUGUUUCCGCACCUCAAGGCAAGAUCCAAACGUUUCCACUACAUCUUCGUACCUCGACCUGGCUCCUCUUUACGGGUCAAACAAAGAUGAGCAGGCAUCUGUCAGGGCCUUCGAAGACGGCAAGUUGAAACCGGACUGCUUUUCGGAGAAGAAGUUGUUAGGUUUCCCUCCUGGGGUCGUCUGUCUCGUCAUCAUGUUCAACCGCUUCCACAACUAUACGGUGACUCAGCUGGCAACCAUCAACGAGAAUGGUCGCUUCAGCCAGCCUGCGGGUUUCCUGGACGCGGAAAAGAAGAAGGCAGCAGCCGAGAAACGCGAUGAGAACCUUUUCCAAACGGCACGACUUGUCACUUGCGGACUCUAUGUCCACAUCAUUCUUCACGACUACCUUCGCACCAUUCUGAACCUCAAUCGCACAGAAUCUACGUGGUGGAUCGACCCCCAGUCUGACAUCGGCGACGGCAACGACUCGAUGGCCUCGGGGAAUCAAGUCAGUUUGGAGUUCAACCUCAUCUACCGGUGGCAUUCUUGCGUUAGUCUGCGCGACGAGAAGUGGACGCAGACCUUCACCGAGAAGCUUGUCGGUAAAGACCAUCGCGAUGCCUCAACUCGAGAACUUCUCGAGGCACUUGCGAUUUGGGAGGAGCAGAUCCCGGAAGAUCCUCAGCAGCGAUCCUUCGAGGGCUUGCAGAGGCAGGCCGAUGGCAAAUUCAACGAUGAUGAACUCGCCCGCAUCUUGAUAGAGAGCAUUGAGGAUUUAGCAGGUUCGUUUGGGGCCAACAAUGUUCCUGCGGUUUUGCGCGCUAUUGAUGUUCUAGGGAUACAACAGGCGAGGGGUUGGCACACAGCUACCUUGAACGAGUUCAGAAAGUUCUUCGGACUCGAGCCCCACAAGACUUUCCAAGAUGUCAACUCAGACCCAGUUGUUGCCAAGAAUCUCGAGUCCUUGUUUGAGCACCCAGACUAUCUUGAGUUGUAUCCUGGGAUAGUAUGCGAGGAGGCAAAGCCGCCUAUGGUUCCGGGGUCAGGGCUGGCUCCGGGUUAUACCAUCAGUCGGGCGAUUCUGUCAGAUGCCAUUACCUUGGUUCGAGGGGACCGUCACUAUACCUUGAAUUAUCAUCCUCGGACUCUUACCAACUGGGGUUUUAAGGAGGUCGAAUCUGAUCCUGCUAUUGAAGAAGGCUGUGUCUUCUACAAGCUGAUCCUCCGGGCAUUCCCUCAACAUUUUGAGCACAACAGCGUCUACGCUCACUAUCCAAUGGUAAUUCCUUCGGAGAACGAGAAGAUUCUUCGGGAAUUGGGCAGAGCGGACAUAUAUGAGUUUCGUCGACCUCGACGCCUGCCUGCGCAGUCUAUCAUAAAAUCUCCCAGUUGUGUCAAGACUAUACUAGGGAAUAACAGAGCCUUUGGGUUCGAGCCGUGGAGGCGUGGUUUUCACUUCCUUGGCGGCGAUGAUAGCACGAAAGCUUGCCUAGCUGGAGAUGGACCGUCCUCCACAGAACGUCGUGGCCAACUGCAGAACUGCUUACAUCCCGAUUGCUGGGAGACUUUAGUCAAGCAACUCUAUGAAGAGAUCACGAUGCAACUACUCCAAAAAUGGUCUUGCAAGGUCGGUGGUGCCAAAGCUACUAGCCAGGUUGACAUCAUUCGAGACGUCGGCAAUAUUGCUGGGGUUCACUUUGCUGCCCAGUUCUGGUCGCUCCCGCUGAAGACACAGCAGCGGCCUCACGGCAUCGUUAGUGAGCACGAACUCCGCGACAUUCUCAUACUCGUAUUAAUGAUACACUUCUAUCAAGACGUCGACCCCGUCAAAACGAUGCCGCUGCUCAUUGCCGCCAAGCCCAUCAUCGAAGCGUUCGAUAAAAUCAUGAAGGCUGAAAUCCAAAUUCCAAGCACGGGCAAGACCUUCGGCAACAUGCUGUCAAAGAUUAUGGGUCAGAAGGACGAGGUGGGCGACUUCGGCGUCAACAUCUCCCGAAAGCUGCACGACUACGUUUUGAGCCCGCACGAAUCCGUCUACUCACAAGUCCUGGUAGCAGCUGCGCCCAUGGUUGCCAACAACGCCGAGAUCUUCGCACAGAUUAUCGACUUCUACCUCGGGCGGGGAAAGGAGCACCUGUCGAGAAUCCGAGAAUUGGCCAAGCAGGACACAUCAGAAGCGGACAAAAUCCUUAUGCAUUACGCCAUGGAGGGGAUCCGGCUCAACGGGUCACACGCAGUACUUCGAUAUGUGCGCAAUGACACGACCGUGCUCAAGGACGAACAUACCCUGGAGCUCAAGGCUGGACAGAUGGUCUUUGCGGACUUGAGCAGCCUUGCUAUGGAUCCUACGCUGUACCCCGAGCCCGAGACUGUGCGUCUCGAUCGGCCCCUUGACAGCUACAAGUUCUACGUCCAUGAAUAUCAUAAGUGUCUUGGCGCUGGUAUAAGCCGUAUCUCCGUGACGGCAAUGCUGAAAGUCGUGGCGCGGCUUGAUAAUCUCCGCCGGGCACCGGGACCUCAGGGGGAAGUGAAAACUUUUGUCGAUGAGAAGGGUUGCAAGACGUACAUGGAUGCUUUCCAAAGCACGUACUCGCCGAUUGCAACGGGGCUGAAGGUGUUGUUUGAUGGACAGUUGUAGACAACUCGAGAGGUCCGGGAGGUAGACUGUCGGAACUGUAUGAGUGAAGGAGGCACGCCCAUGAUCAGGCCGCGUCAAUAUAGGGUUUAGCCCUUUUCUUUCAUAGAUAUCAAUAGAG